AUGGGCUCCCAGGGGGGUUGGGGCCAGUCCAAGGAGUUCUUGGACUUGGUGAAGUCCAUCGGGGAGGCGCGGUCCAAGGCGGAGGAAGACCGGAUCGUGCUCCAGGAGAUCGAGACGCUCAAGCGGCGGAUCAACGAGCCUGACGUGCCCCGAAGGAAGAUGAAGGAGUACAUCAUCCGCCUGGUCUAUGUUGAGAUGCUCGGCCACGACGCCUCAUUCGGCUACAUUCAUGCCGUCAAGAUGACGCAUGAUGAUUCCCUCCUUCUCAAGCGCACUGGCUAUCUCGCCGUCACACUCUUCCUCAACGAGGACCACGACCUUAUCAUCUUGAUUGUUAACACUAUUCAGAAAGAUCUGCGGUCUGACAACUACCUUGUUGUCUGCGCUGCGCUCGCGGCCGUGUGCAAGCUUAUCAACGAGGAGACAAUUCCUGCUGUCCUGCCGCAGGUCGUUGAGCUCCUGGGCCAUCCCAAGGAGACUGUCCGCAAGAAGGCUAUCAUGGCCCUGCACCGGUUCCACCAGCGUGCACCCACUACGAUGUCACACCUCAUCUCCAAUUUCCGGAAGGUAUGAUUUUUGCAUGAGGUCGAACCUUCGUAUUAGUUUUCGCACUCAGAAUUUAAACCACAAUGCAGAUUCAAGUUCACUAUGUUUCUACUAAAACAUAUAUGAUGGCACUUGUGCAGCGUGAUGAGACUGCAGUUUAAGUUACCAAUGCACUCGAAGUGUUCAAUGAUCUUAUGGGUGCCGAAGUUUGGAACCUCAAUGGAGAUCAGUUUUUUACUGAGAUUCUAAUUUAUCCCGUACAAGAGAAUUAUUGCUUUCGUGGUAGGAAAAUGAGGAAGAAAGUUGUGCUCUUAUCCAUCUUGUUUGACUAUGUAUACCUUUCACCCGGAUCUUUCUCUGCCAACCAUAUUUGACUUUUCUUUUUAAGCUGCUAAUGGAGGAUAUGUUGAAAAAAAAUUGAGAUUUCAGAUUAAAGUAGUUUAUAAUUGUUUUCACUGUGGUAUUUUCUCCAGAAAUCAUGAUCACAUACUUGUCGAUUGUGAAAUUUUCCAGGUCCUUUGGGAAAUGAUGUCGAGAAUUUUGGGCCUUCAGUUGGUAGAUUUAUGAUAUGUGCAGUUUUUGGAAAGGAAUGCUAGGAAAUAAAGGAUAGAGCGAUUAUUUCCUCACAAUUUUCUGGGAUAUCUGAUGGGAAAGGAGCAUGAGAACAUUUCAGAGUUUUGUUAAACAUUCAUAAUCUAUUUUCCAUGUCUGUUAGAUGAGCAAAGGAAAUGUCCGAGUCAUUAUAAAACUAUUCAAAAUCUCUUUUCCCCUAUUGUUAGAUAUAUAGAGAGAUGACCUGUUGCAGCCAUCACGAAAAAGUCACCAAAUUUAGUUUUUAGUGUAAGAUUUUAUCAAGGUCUCCUUUUUUGGUUUGUUUCUUUUAACAAUUUGAAAAUGGUGGAGGCUGCUGGGACAAUGACAGGUAAACACUUAACUGUAGGGGAUGGGUUCCAUCUGCCUUCCUUUGGACAACAGGAGGAUAGCACCCAUUGCUACUGUGGGGGACAAAAGUAGUGUCAAAAGAAGUGGUUGGUGUUUGGUUGUUAUUGAGAAUCAUGCUACUGCUGUUAUCAUAACCUUAAGGUAAGCUUGGGCAAGUAGGUAGGAUGUAAACGCUCAUGGAAUGUCAGAAAAACUGGUCUAUUGGGCUUUUGAAUUCCUUUUGCUUACUUGUUCUUUUUUCCCGCAGAUGAAAUUUAACAAUUGAAGGCUCAACAUGAUUGAGAAUAUCAUUUUGAAUAGACCAUUAUUUUUCAAAAGCCUUAUUUGUCUCAGAUUAUUCGUUGGCUUGGCCUUCUAAAAAUUUCUAUCUCCACUGUCUCAGAUUAUUACUGAUAAUGUCAAAUUAUACUAACUUUCGUCUCAUUUAUUAUUUUGUUGCAGAGGCUUUGUGAUAAUGACCCUGGAGUCAUGGGUGCAACAUUGUGUCCUCUUUUUGAUCUUAUUACAGAAGAUGCAAAUUCUUAUAAGGACUUGGUUAUGAGCUUCGUCAGCAUUCUUAAACAAGUUGCAGAAAGAAGACUGUCAAAGGCCUAUGAUUAUCAUCAGAUGCCAGCCCCAUUUAUUCAGGUAUAAAAUAUGGAAGAGCCGAAUGCUCAUUAAUCACUCUAGAAAAGUAUCAAUGGCUUGCUUUUUCAAUCGAAAGACCUUAUUAUGUCUCUUUUGCUAAUGAUAAAUUGAUAGCAGCAUAGCGCGAUGCUUCCAUUUUUAUUGUCAGAGAUCUCAUUACUUUGUCUACUUCCUAAUUUUCAUUCGCUUUUUGGCCACAUUUAAGUUAUUUCUAAACCUUAGCUUUUCUCCAGGCAAAAAUGUGGGAUCUUGUGGAUGUCACUACUCAAUAUGCUUAUGAUACUCGGUAGUAUUAUUCUUUUGUGCCAAUUUCAAAGUCAAGGAACCAAAAGUUUUUAAAAACUAUGUACAGAAAGUUGGGAGUAGACAUGCAAACUCUUCUUGGGUACGAAUCAGGUUGUGAUAUUUUUAUACUUUAUGUUAUCUCAUUACCUAAAACUAAACAGAACAAAGGAUAAUGAGUGGAGGACGUCUGUACCCCCUUAUUCUAGGGAACAUAAAAAAAUGAAAUUAGGGUAACCUGGAUCUUACCAGUGAAUGUAUGCAGGGGUCUCAUUUCUUUUCAUCAUUUGAUUUGUGUAUUGUACAUUAAUAUGUAAGACAUCGGUUUCCUCCUUUUGGCGAAAAUACUUAUUUAAAGCUUGUUUGGAUUAUUACAGUGUAGUCCUUUUGUUGAAUUUUAGCUUUGAUCCCUUUUUUUUUCUGAACUUAUAUUUUAGCCCCUGAACAAUGUUAACAAUUCAUUUGGGUACUGCAUUUGAUUGUCCCUAUGAAAUUUUAGAACACUUGAAAUCUAGGUCCUUCAAAGCUUAAGGCAAAUACUUUUCGAAAGUGAAUGCUAUCAUACAUUAUUAAACGUCAAGGAAAUGAGGUGAAUGUCAGCAUAUUUGGUGCCAGAAAUUCAUGUGCAACAACUAUAGUCCAUGGUAAGACGCUGUGUUCCAUUCCAAUUGCACGAAUAAACAUAAAUGACGGAUUCCUCUUUUCAGAAGAGCCCCACAGAUACUUCCAUCGUAUCAAAUGUAAAAUCGAGCACCUUUCUACCAAGUGAGACCCUGCCCUCUAACAGAUGACUGUUCAUCUCAUUCCAUCUGGUUUGGAGAGUCGCAUAUAGGAGACAUUUAGAGUGCCAUACAAUGUGUUGUAUUUCCAUCUACAACAAAUUAUUUAGGUGAUCUUACUUUGAAUCUUCUUUCUUUCUCCCGUCUCAAUUGUAUGUCUAGCCCUGUUAUUGGCAAUGAUCACUCCGUGAGCAAACCGGGUUGGUCUUCUGGUUGUCUAAUAUCUUCCUCCAUUUUAUUUUAGAUAAUAACCGCAUCAUUGAAGAAUAAAUGAAAUCAUCAUCUAGGCAUUGAGAUAACUUAUAAUUCCUUAACCUACCACAAAUUCCAGGGUAUAUCUAAAAGCGAUCCACUUUCUUUAUCAAUGUUUAUACCGGGCCUCUCUCUUCUAUACAUUAUCUCAAUCUCCUGCUAGUUGCUUUCCAAUUUUUCAAAUGAUUUCCCUGGGUCAAAACCAUGGAGAUAGUGCCUAGCAGAUUCCAUGACAUUGUAUCACUGGUUUCUUCCGUUUUGGUUGAAGAAUGUCUUUUUCCAGAAAUGUGGCUUCUCUUUCAUUAUUGUACUUAUACUUUAGUUGGCACAACUUACAAACUUUAUGCAUUGCUUUUGGUUUGAUUUUACAUUUCAUCAGUUCUAUUUUUUUCUUGUGAUUUGGGAUGUCUAUUCCAUUUUGUGUUGUAUCAAAAUUUUCUAGUGUUCUGACAAUUACGAGACUGCAGUACUAAACAUUAUAUUUAUUUUCUCUCUGAAAUUUCAGAUAAAGUUACUGAAAAUCCUAGGAUUAUUGGGAAGCGGAGACAAGCAAGCAAGUGGAGCGAUGUAUAAUGUCUUAGAAGACAUUUUUAAAAAAUCUGAACCGUCAAGCAAUAUUGGGAAUGCUGUACUGUAUGAAUGCAUUUGUUGUGUAUCAUCUAUAUGUCAAAAUGAUAAGUUGCUCAAAACUGCUGCCGAAGUAACAUCUAAAUUUUUGAAGGUGACGCUGCUGAUGUGUUUCCAUUUACCAGGACGUUUUAUUUUCGUGGGUCCUAUAUUUAUUUUUCCCUUUGUCAACUUCUGUGUCCAUUAACAGAGUGAGAGCCAUAACCUGAAAUAUAUGGGCAUUGAUGCUCUUGGUAGAUUACUGAAGAGAAAUCCAGAAAUUGCUGAGGAACACCAGUUGGCUGUUAUUGAUUGCUUAGAGGUGAGGUUCCUUACCAAUACGUUUUGUGGAUAAGAGUCUCCACAAGUAAGAUUUGCAAUUUUAAUUGAUUUGCUGAUCUUUCAUUGUUUUAUAUAAUUCUCCCACCUGCUUAUAAUGCUGGAUUGUUUUGAUAAUACCUUUAGGCUUAACAUUAUGGUUGCAUGUGUAAUAUUAUCUUUACGAAGCUGCAACCAUUUUUUUUAAGGUGGCUGGUAGCACAUGAUCACUCAGACAAAAAAGACAGUAUGUGAAUAUGAAAAAGCUCGCAAAAAGGAACCUCUGUACAUCAAUAUAGUCAUACGCCUGGAAGGUGCCGGACAGAACGCGGAGAAAAAAACUGCAGACGUGCCAGCUGACUCUCUAAAUAGUGGAAACACCUCCCUCACAAAAACCUCAGCCACUCAUUCACCAUGUGACUAACCCACAAGGAAACCUUGUGCACUGUGGUGCUUUUCCUUUUAAUAGUAUGUCCAAAAAGCUGGCUGGGUAGCAUAUAAAAUAAGCUACUGUUUACCAUCCGAUUUCUUUGUCCAAUAAUGUUUUUCAACUUAGCUGAAACCCACUGAAAGUGCUUUCAUGCUGCUACCAAAGACCUUAAGGCGUACCAACUACCAGAUCCUCUCAUAAAAGGAACAUCCAAGGAACCAGUGUUCCAAUUUUUUUUUCGUCCUUUCCACACAUACAAACAGCAAGUUAUAUGGAUUUUUAUCAAAAAUAAUAGGCUCAGAGUUCACAAGCAAGAAGUUUCCACUUGAUAUCUUCCAGACUAAAACCUUUAUUUUAAAAGAGAUGGGCUAGUAUAUAUCUUAGCAAACAUAAAAUGUCUAAUACCUCCAUAAAAAAUGAUGCAGUAAGGUGGCAUAGGUAAGAAAUCACUUACCUAUUCUCAUUUUCAUCACCACUUCUCUGCCUUGGUGCUUAUAACAUACCUUCCUGCAGUAAGUUGGUCUUGCAUUUCUCGAAGUUUUUGAACAUCCUUAUCCUUCAAGUUUCUCCUCAAUUCAGUCAUCACAUAUGACCUAUUUCAUUCGCUUACUGGCUGUCCUGAAGAGGAGCAAAAAGAUUUUUGAAAAGAUGAGGUUACACACCAACAGCCCUUUGGGUGAAGUUUUUUGUCCAUUUCUGGAACAGAUCUCUCACUUUACUAGUGCUACAUCUUUAGCCAGUACUAUAUCCUUAUAAAUUUUAGAGAUGAUAUCUAGUCACUACCAUAGAUAAGUUCAUAUUUAUCUUUUGGAUGAGGUCAGUAGAUCUAGUUUGUUGCAAAUACUCCUUUUUCACGACUUUACAAGUAGCCAUCAUGAAAUGCUACUCUGUAUCUGUGCUAAAUUCCUUGCCUAUGGAGGGUAUUGCCAUAAACUUUGGUUCAAAGGGUAAGCCCCCUUUGGAGCACUAGAAUUCCCCUAUUCUUGUCUGUCAAGAACGGAAUGCAUUAGAACAUUCCAACAUAGAAAAUGGAUUCAUAUACGCACUAUGAACUCAGCAAUUAGAAGUCCUGUAGUAGUUGAAAAACAGAGGAAGAUGAAAUCAAUCUUCAUAUUUGAUCUUUUUUUCGUCAAAAUUUGCAGUAGUAGUAGUACUUUAUGCAACUACUGAGAAUGUGGCAAUUGGCUAAAUAGGAAUAUCUUUAUUCUAAAUCAAAACUCGUAACAAGCUGAAGUGCAGACUAGUCUUUUGGUAUAUCUUGCGUAUGCUUUGUAACGCAAUAACCUUACCCCCCAUGUUUCUGUGAUACCCAUUCUAUUAUCAGCUAAUUGCAUAAUAGAAGCCUUUUGUUCAUUAGUCUUUCAAUUGUUAAUUUUAAUUUACUGAAAUUUUAGAAAAAGAAGACUAAAUAAAAAAAUAAAAUCUAAAAAUCAAGGAUUAAAAAUAAAAGGCGAUCAGUAUGCAAAAGGAAAUAACAGGUGACGUUUCCUAUAUAGUUAUAGUUCGUACAAAGGUUGAAGAGCAAGGAAAAGCCUUUGCAAUUAUUUUUUGAUUCUGUGGAAUUUACAGUAAUUUAUUAUCAUUUUUUUUCCUUUUCAUGGUGAAACAUUUAUUAAAAUAAGGAAGGCAAUCAUGCUAAUGUUUUUUGAGCCUUAAGAUCUCUCUGCUGAUUAAUCAUGUGGUGUUUUAGGAUCCUGAUGAUACGCUAAAACGAAAGACAUUUGAAUUGCUGCAUAAAAUGACAAAGUCAAGCAACGUGGAAGUGAUAGUUGAUCGCAUGAUUGAUUACAUGAUUAGUAUUAGUGACAAUCACUACAAGACCGACAUAGCUUCUCGAUGUGUUGAGCUUGCUGAGCAGUAUGCCCCAAGCAACCAUUGGUUCAUUCAGGUAAUUUCAUGAUACUGAGAUAUCUUGUAACUUCGUUUCAGUUUUUUCUUUUCAUUUUUAUUUAGAAUUACUCUUGACUAUCCUUUACUUCACAGAUCAUGAACAAGGUCUUCGAGCAUGCAGGGGAUCUUGUUGAUGUAAGAGUAGCCCAUAAUUUUAUGCGGUUGAUUGCAAAUGGAGAGGACGAUGAAGGUGCUGGCAGUCAAUUGAGAUCAUCUGCGGUACGUACUGCCUACCAAUUAUUGACAGAGAGUCAAUUGUGUAUUUUUUGUGUUCAUGAAAGUUGAGAUUGUUUUUGUGCAUUAUUUCUUCCAUUAUUCCCUUUCAGUAGGGUGCACCUUUCUUACUGUUUUUGACAGAUGGGAUUGCAAACUCAUGUAGUCUUUUAUUUGACCUGAACUUCAAAGCUGGUGUCCAAGAAUGAGGAGUAAAAGAAAAGCUUUUGAUAAGUGCGGUUCGUAAUUCUGUAGAACCAGAUGUGAUCAAUUAAGAUUAUAAUAUUAAGGGCUUUAUUGGUCUACAACGUAUGAAAUGGGUUUCACAGAGAGAUUGUGACGCUUUUAUGGUUGCAUGAAAACAUUCUGCAAUAUUUUCGUUCGAUAGAGAUUCUAAGGUUAGGUCAGAGAGUUAUCACACAGAUGAUAGGGACAAAGUGUUUGAUAAUUGCUUCCCAAAGAUGGAAGUUCAUGUUUUCAACCUUAAUUUAUGUGAAUUAUUCAUGAAUAAUUUAAUUUACUAAAAUUGGAUAUUUAUAUGCUAUCUUAUUCCAACAUUUGUGAAGGUGAUUCAUUGUUGUUAUCGAUUACGCAUUUACUUCAGUGAACGGAAAUCAUUUUCUGUUAGUGUAUUUUCUGUUUACAAUCUAAGGUUUCCCUUUCUUAUCCAGGUCGUUUCAUACUUACACAUUCUUGCAGAACCAAAGCUGCCAUCUGUGUUCUUGCAAGUAAUGUGUCUUUACCUCGUGUUACUGUGAAUUCACUUUGAUAGAUGCAUGCUCUUUUACUUAUGAUUGGGAAGUCUUGAGGGUCUUCUUUUACUUAAAGCCGAAAAAAUUUGCAGGUCAUAUGCUGGGUGCUGGGUGAAUAUGGAAUAACAGAUGGUAAAUUUUCUGCAUCUUACAUCACUGGAAAGUUAUGUGAUGUUGCAGAGGCACGAUCAAAUGAUGAUACUGUCAGGGUAUGACUUCGACCAACGUAUUUCUGUGGCUCAAAAAGACUAAAAUUUCCAUCUUGUUUCUUUUUUUUGAAGAUAUUAUUUCGUCUUAUUCUUUGCUAAAAUUGGUCUUGUGGAAUGUGCCAUCUUUGUAUUGGAUAAUCGUUUAACCUAGGCCUACAGUUUUUUCGUUCCUCAAUGUGUCUGUAGUAAAUAGAAGAAUGGAAAAAUAUAUGCAAUCAUUUAUUCUAAAUAAUUAAAAAAGGUGUUCGUUCUGAAUUUUUUUACUGAUAGUAUCAUGAGUCGCCAAGAAAAAUAUGAUCUGUGCAAUAAUCUUCUUUUCCUUUAAUCCUCCUAGUAAUAGUUGGGUCACCAAUGUAUGUGCCCUUCUUCAAUCGUUUUGCUCAACUAAUCCUCCUGGCGCAUCUGUUCUGAGCCUCAGCUUUCCUCAACUUUAUCUUGUAGCUGGUAGACAUGUUUUAAAAAAAUUAAGAAAGAGGGACCAGAAGACCAUCAAUUGAAUGAGACAGCAAGUCAAUAUAGCUCAAAAUUUUGAGGAUUAUGGGACCUCCUUGAUCAGCCAUGUCACUCUUUAUUUUCAUGCUAUAUUACUUGUAAAAAGGAUUCGCUUUUCGAGGUGUGAUGAAUUGAGGAUGACAUGGGUUAAUAAAGUAAUAGAGCGCCACAUAACUUUAUUAUGUUAAUCUGAAGGCUUCUAUCACGUGAGCUUAUGUUUCAAAGCCGUGAUUGUGGAUUCUUGAGCUGACCUAUAUUCUCUACAUAAUUUGGCACCAGUUAUACUUUAAUCCCUCAUUGUCCGCUGCCUCCAAUCCUCACGUGCGGAUCUGUACAAGACAGGAAGAAAGAUUUUUUAAAAAAUUCUUAUUCUACAAGUAAAACACAGAAAACUUCCCAAAAGCAGACAUCAUUUGCUCCAGUGUCAAGUGACUGUGCUCGCCAAGGAUGGCAUCAUUGUUCGUUAUACAGACUGAAAAAUGGUCACAUACAGUAGUCAUCCCUGUAGUCGCCCUGUAAUAACCCUUAAAGACCUCGGCAAGGGUCAUCCUCAAGCAGAUCCGAGAAUAUCUGAUACGAUAGUUAAUAGACAGCGGCCAUCUUUAAUCUCCCUUUUCAUUCUGUCUCUCUUGUUUUCAUUGUUUUCAUCAUCCUCCUGCUCAUUAUCAUCAUUAUCAUCAUUGUCGUCAUCUUCUUUUUCUUCAUCUUUGUUAUGAUGCUAGAGAAGCAGGCUGGGGGAAACUAAGAAUGUAGAACAUUACUCUCGAAAUUAGGUUAAUCAUGGACAUGAUACUGGUGUGAGCUAUUUUUUCAAUGUAGAAAGGUUUGUUGUGUUACAAAUUCUAAAGAUAUAAUCUGGUUUCAAUGUAUAAAUUCGACUAAUGGCAUUCCUUUUUUGUUUAAAUGCCGUAAACUGAAAGUUGAAGAAGUCGCUCAAUCUCAAUCUGAGCUGCCCGCUUUGGAAUAAUCUGGUUUCUUAAGCAAUGAACUACCCCAUUAUUCUGUUAGGGAUUUCGUUGGUCUUUAUUGUAUUCUAAAUAGAAGUAAAACUAUGGUCAGUUGUGAGGGUUUUCUCCAACAUUUUUCUUGAGAAGUUGUUACCUCAUAGAACUUCAUUUUGCUUUGUAAUUAAAUGAAUUUAUUCUUUUUGGGAGUUGGGAAAUGGGUGACGAAAUCAUUGUGCUUGUUCCACUGCAGAGAUGAUUAAUAACUUCUUGACACUAUAAUGGUAGAAAAUAACUUUACUGUUUUUGUAUGAAGCUUGCACUGGCAGAUAAAUGGCUUUCUAAAUUUUAAGCUUCUGAGUCAAUGCGACCACUUUAUCUUUAUUGCCGUCUUCAAACAUGUGGUUGGAUCUAAGUUAUGGUUAAAGAGAGUUUAUCCUUUACAUGGUUUUCUCAUAUUUAUAAUUAGAGCUUACCUUGUAUCCUUUACUUUUUUUCGUUCGGUUUUAGCGGCUCAUAACCUUUGGAAUAGUUUUAGCUGAUAUUAUCUUUCCAUUUGAAGGCAUAUGCAAUUGCAGCUAUUAUGAAAAUCUGUGCGUUUGAGAUUGCUGCAGGGAGGAAAGUAGAACUGCUACCUGAGGUAUUUUUUAUCUUCUUAGAGAAGACAUUUAGAGUUUCUACUUGUUCGGAUAUCGAUUAGUCUUCUCUGUGACGAGGUGAUUAGCUUCAUCUCGAUAAUCAGUUUUUACCAUGCAAACAAUAAUUAUUGGUCAUCUUGAGUAACUCAAGUGCUAUGGUCUCUCUUGUGGAGGAUGGUUGGCUUCAUCUUCGGGUUUAGCAUUCUGCUUAGAGCUUGAUAAAAAUGAUCUUCAUGUGAUAUUCCCUCUAAGGUCUUUCAUUAGCCUCCUGCUCCAGAAAAAAUGACCUUUCAGUAUAGGGUCAUUGAAUUAAUGACUACAAAGGUCUACAUUUUUUAUGGUUAUGUAUUUAUAGGUUUUUAGUUACCGCCUCUUGCUCUUCGAAUUUUGUUAAAACUUGGGCAGUUGAUUUUUGAUCUCUGAAGUGGUAUUCGGUUUUUCAUGUUCUUAGGUUUUCCUUGUGAAAAGUUGAUCAGCUCCUAUUCAACAAUCAAUUUUCACCUUGCAUCAGUGCAAAAUAAGAAUAAUUGCUUUGAGUCCUUUGUGCCUUCAAUACUAUGGUCUUGCUUUGUGAAGGACCCGAGAGCUAGUUUUUCCCAUAAAAUUUGAAACGGAAUGUUCUACGUAGGGUCUUACAGAAAAUUUCACCCUACUUUAAGUUUAAUGAAGUCUUUGUGUCGUCUGAGAUGCUGAAAAGGAAAUAUAAUAUCAGUGAUACCUCAAUUUUAUUUUUGAGGUAUAUGGUGCCCAACCACCUGUAAAUAGAACCAUAUAUUUAUUUGGACAGAGUUCAGGGUCCGCUGGCUCAAGAAAUACCGCAGCAUUUAGUGCAUCUUGGAUGGCGGGUUUCAUAUUAUUUAGCUUGACAACGUGCAUUUUGGUAUCAUGGGGGAUUUUCUUUCUUUCAUCCAACGACUGUCCAUGUCAUGGAGACUUGAUUCUUUAUUCAUGAACUCUGUAUAUUACUUCGUUAUUUUAGGGAAAUCUUUGAGCUAUUUUUCUUUUGCUUGGUAGGUUCUGAACAUUGGGGUUAGUAAAUUGACCUGAGGGAUAGUUAUUGAACCAAAGGGCACCACCAACUCUUUGUACUUGUUGCGAGGAAGAUGACAAUUUGUUGGCGUAAAGGGAAAAUAUCCCUUAUUUUUACCAGAAAUAAACGUAAAAGCGAUGCUAAACAUUCUCAAAAUGGGGAUGUAUCUCGUAGUUGCUUUCCAUGUGUAUUCUAGCUUCCAUUCUUCUUUUUGAUUAAAAUAAUUAGCCUUUCUCCCGCAGGACAGUUUCUUUUUUUGCUAUUUAGUUGGAAAUAUUAUUAUUCCUAGCAAAUUGAGCUGUUAGAAUUAUCAUUCUUUACUAUUUGCCUUAUAUUAUUUCUAUUGUAUUGCAGUUAGGUGUUCCAAGUCCAAUGUUUGAUUGAACGCCACCUGCUAGUGUCUUAUCCAGUUUCUUUUUAUAUCCACCUGGUAAAUUGAUUGAGCCUUUUUUUUUUAAUGCUGUGCAGUGCCAAUCCCUGAUUGACGAAUUAUCAGCGUCUCAUUCAACAGACCUCCAACAGAUUGCAUAUGAACUGCAGGCCUUAUUGGGCUUAGAUGCUCGCGCUGUUGAAACGAUAAUGCCUUAUGAUGCAAGCUGUGAAGACAUUGAGGUUAUUCCUUAUUUCUUGCUUCACCAGCUGUUACCUUUCGUAAUAAUAAUCUACGCCAUUCUUGCUAGAUGCAUGUGCUCUCAAUUUGGCACUUUUUGCUAAAUUGUUAUGAAGAGUAUAGGAGAGAACAGGUCUUCAUGGGCUGGGAUUAUUAGGGAAACUUAUUCCAUAAAUGGUAGUGAAUGAAAGUUUCUUCCAGUGAACAUAUCUUAACAUUUCGAAGUUCAAGCUCAUAACUAUUUUUAAACAUUUCGGUAUUUGUGCAGAUUAAAUCUUCUAUUUGGAAGGAAAUUUCAAAAAUAAUAGAAUUCUGGUUAUUUCAUCUGAUUUUCAAUCAGGGAAUGAAAAAAAUCGGAAAGUUUUUGGACAGCUGCAUGUUAUGUUCUUUGCUUAGGAUUCCAGCAAAUCUAGAACAUUUUCUGAGAACAAGGACAAGCAAAUUUACGAGAUUUGAGAAAAUGAAAAUUGUAAACGAGAAGAAACAAGGAACCAAAUUAAUAGAAAAUCAUUGAAUAAAUUGAUCUGCUUCAUAUCCUUCAUCAUGUUGCGGUGAAAUGAAACCAAGACAACAGAAAUAAUUGGAGAUGGACUGCUUAGAAAGUAUUCAAUGUUUAGUUUUUUGGAUUCCAAGCUUGGUUGUGUAUGAUUUGGAUGAAGAACUCCCAUCAAAUGGUAAUUUUUUCCUUUUAGAAAUUGGUUCACAAGAGGCUAUCCAUCCACAUGUGAUACAAUCCAAACCUUGAAACCAAAUGUCCAAAAGACUUUGUUUUAUAGUUUGCAUGAGGAAACCAUUAACUAUCUAUUUUUAGGUGAUGUUAUACGUUUUAUGUUUAGGCACUUUUUUUUCGCACACAUUCAAGAAAACUCAGGAUUUAUUUAAUAUUGUCAAAUUAUACUUUCUGGGUAAUCUUAUUUUGAAUGAACACGUUAGCUUGGUCAAAAUUACAUAGUAAGGUGGCUGUAUAAUUUACCUUAUCUUUGAUCUCAACAACUUAAUGCGGUCAAUUCCACUUGCUUGGCAAAAGUAUAAACAUGGAUUAUGAAAUUCGUACCGUAUUGUACUAGGAAACUCCCAUGAAGUUAUACAAUAAUUUCAUAAAACUAUAUGGAUCACUUGAUACAUGGUGUGAAAUGACUUCUGAGAGCUAUAAUGUUACUAAUAUUGGUGAAAGUACUUUAUUUUCUAUUUUUUCAUGAAUGAAUUAUUAUUUAUGGGCAUCAUUGAAUGAAAUUAGGUUGGCAUAAAAAUGCAGCAGCAGCGGUAGUUUUCCUUUUUUUAAAAAUAAAUCAUGAAUUUAAGUAUUUUCUGGAGUACAGAGCCUCCGCUGAGAUCUUCAUAUUCUUUAUUUUCUGGUCUUAACAUCUACUGGCUCUGAAUCUCCCUAAAAUGCACGCCAAGACCAUGCACAUCAAGAAAUCCCAAGCGAACAUCCCCAUGAGAUGGAAACGAACAUGAAUCUUUAUCAUACGCCGAUUUCCCAAAGUCAGUGCAAUAUAAUCAAGGGCAGCCACUUUGUUUCCUGAACCUUCACUGAUCCCCAGAUUAUUGCCAUCCUAAAGCCCCUUCCCUCUCACAUUUCCCCAAUUUUGAAAGACAUUUUUGAUCCAUCGCCACUGAUCUCCUUCUUCUUCUUCUUGUUGCAGGUGGAUAGGAGCCUCUCGUUCUUGAACAGCUUUGUGAAUCAGUCUCUGCAGAACGGCGCGAGGCCCUACAUUCCCGAGUCCGAAAGACCCGGAACCUUGAACAUUUCUAAUUACGGUGCUCAUGAUCAGCUUGAGGCCCCUUCUCACGCCCUCCGCUUCGAGGCCUACGAGCUCCCCAAGCCUUCUCCGCCGCCAAUCCCGCCGGCCCUCCUCGCCGCCGCCCCUGUCGCCGACCUGGUCGCCGUCCCUGAGUCGGCCUACUUCUCUACGGAGCCCCACCAACCUUCUGAGCCGCUGGGCGGCGCCGCCAUGUCGCCGGCGGAGCACGGGCUCAGGCUCCGCCUGGAAGGAGUUCAGAAGAAGUGGGGCCGGCCCUCCUAUUCCUCAUCAUCGUCGUCGUCUUCUUCCUCUGCGCCAUCUGUUUCAGCUCCCUCUGCACAGAAGCCGGCGAAUGGAGUGGCGAACGCCAACGGCGCUGCGGCGGCGGCGGGAGCUCAGGCGAGGGACUCUUCGUACGAUUCGAGGAGGAACCCGCUAGUGGAGGUCUCAGCGGAGAAGCAGAGGCUGGCAGCGUCGCUGUUCGGGGGCUCGUCUGCAAGAAGAGAGCCGCCGCCGGCGGCCCCACCCGCCGCCGGGCGCAGAGCCGUGAAGCCAGUGGCGACGGUGGUAGCACCUGCAGCUCCGCCGGCGCCUCCCGCCGGCGACCUGCUCGACUUCGGAGAACCAUCUCCUCCGCCGGCCGCCGCCGCCGCCGUGGAUCCCUUCCAACAGCUGGAGGGCCUUCUCGGGCCAGCCUCGGCUGCCUCGAGCCAGAAUUCAACCGUCGGCGCGGUGGCAGCUGAUCUUCUGUCACUCCAUGCAGACCCGCCGGCGAGUCUGGCGGAGAUUUCUCUGCCGGGGAAGAACCCUCUGGCGGAGAUUUCUUUGGUAGGGCCGGCGGCGCCGAGCUCGCCGGUGGUGAAGAAGGGGCCCAACCCCCAGGACUCUCUGGAGAAGGACGCUCUGCAGAGGCAGCUGGGAGUGGUGCCGUCAGGCCAGAACCCGAACCUGUUUCGAGACCUCCUCGGCUGA